GUUCGCCCUAGCCGUCUGUUCGCCUUGGGGCGACAGGCCUAUCCUCCAUAUUUGAGAAGCAGCGUCAGUUUUCGAGGCGAGUUUGGCGGUACCAGAAUCAAGCUGUAGAAGACUCUGACGACGCUUAGGCCAUCUGCCGCCAUACAUCAUGCCGAGGUACGCACACACGAACAGCACAGCAGCAGGCUUCCCAGAUGCACACCGCACUCGCCGCUCAUGCACUCAUCCCGCGAGAGACGUCCAUCUAUCUCGCUUCACUUCCCAUACAUCCCACUUGCGUGCCUGUGCCACAUGUGUGUUGUGAUGGAUGCCAUUCUGUCCGUCCAGGGAGCGCUCAGAUUCCCGUGAGCGUCGUGGUCGGGACAGAGAUAGGGAGAGAGACCGGCGCUCGCGGUCGCCGCGCGAUCGCGAUGACUACCACGGCCGACGUGGAGGAAGGGAUCGAGACUACAGAGACCGUGACCGCGAUAGGGACCGUGGCGGGGACAGGGACAGGGAGAGGGAGAGGGGUAGGGACAGGGACGACCGCAGGAGCGACUCGAAGCAGCGCCGCAGCAGGGACGACAUCAGCGCAUCCAGAGAGAGGUGAGGGUCAGAGAGGCACGCAGGGAGGUCUGUGGAGGCGAGAAGGGUUUCUAGUGUGGUGUGGUCGUCUGUGUGUGGGUCGGUCCGUCUGGCAGGUCUCGCGAGCGUGAGCGGCAGCGCCGAAGAGCACAGCAGAGGUGAAUUAAUGGCACUGGCACACACGCAGACAGACAGAGGGGUGGGGGCAGGACAGACAGGCGAAGGAAGGGAGUCAGCAAUGGCUCCCUCCGAUCCACUUCACGCAUGUGAGUGAUAUAGCGUCCGUCCGUCGAUACUUUAAAUGUCAGUUGGCCGCUAUCCAACACGUGAAGGAAGUGGUCAAACGGGGGAGGGAGGGAAGCCCACAUCUGAUCUAUCUAUCUGCCGUCUGUCUCAUCUGUCCUGUCCUGUCCAUGUGUGUGCGUGUCCUUGCUGUAAUUACUAUGGAUGCCAUGCAUGACACACGUUGUGCACUCACUGCAGGUGCAUGGCCCGUACGGCGCACACCAACACCAAGAACGAGCUGUUCUGGGACGGAUUCCAGUGGGUCGCCAAGACUUCCAAACUCACACCCACACUGUCAGUGUGUCAGACACACACACAUACCAUCAUGGAUGGGCACACACAGCACAGAGAGAGAGGAGGGAGUUCUUCGUUGAUUGAUGUGCCUGUGUGUGUUUUCAUGUGUGUGUGUGUCAGUGCGUGUGGGACGACCACACAGCAGCAGCUGCACUCGACACGCAAGGGGCGACGGCUCUACAUCGGUACUUCACCCACCCACACCACAUACAUGCCACACGCCAGCCGCGCCUCACUCGCAGGGCAGGUGCCCGUCUUUCGUCUCCAUGCCUUAUGUGUCUUUCUGUCAUGGGUGCGGCGCGGUGCGCUCAUUCACUCAUGCCAUGCCACGCAGGCAAUUUGCCUCUGCACCUGGGGCUGACCGAGGCGGCCUUCCAGGUGGCCUUCGUGGAGGAAAUGAAACGACGGCAACUCAUGGGGCAAAACGACGACAGUAAGCACAGACACAGACAGAGGGAGAGAGAGAGAGAGCGUAUUAUGUGGUGGGUGGCUGUGUUGACUUGCGUUGCAGACCCGGUGCUGUGUGUGUGGUUUGCCCGCGAGAAGGGAAACAACUACGGAUUCAUCGAAUUCGGUACGCGGCCGCGGCCGGCCGGCUGCACACCCAUACACACACUCGCAGGCGCUAAGUCCAUCCAUCCAUCGACUGGUGCGUUUGUAUCUUCCUGUCUGUCUGUGUCGUGUCAGCGUCUGUGGAGGAUGCUGACAAGUCGAUGGCGCUGGACGGUUUCCUCUGCAUGGGCACGCCCAUACGCAUCUCCAGACCUAACGACUACACACAGACGCAACAACCCUCAGAGGCGUAAGCAAAACGGCUGACCUCACCUGCACACUGCAGGAAGGGCCAUACACCCGCAUCGACCGACUAGCAUCUGAUAUGUGUGUGUGUGUGUGUGUGUGUGUGGAUUCUUUUAGUGCAUCGAAUGCGUUGGGUGUCCUGGCCCAGCUGUCAGCCCAGCAGCUGCAGCAGCGGGGUGGCGUAGCGGCCUCUGGAACAGACCUGCAGGGCCUCGCCGCCGCCAUACCGGCGGCGGUAAGCAUGAGCAGACCAAGGAAAGAGAGACGUCGCCCCACCUGCCCUGCAUGUUUGUGCGUGUGGUGAUGUUGGCGGCAUGAUGGAUGGUCAGGGCGGUGGUGUGGCGGCGGCGGUGUUGGGUGCGGGCCCCUUGGCGGGCACGACGCCGUACAUCAAGAUCAACAGGGUGGUCAACGAGGAGGAGAUUGAGGACCCUGACGAGUAUGACGAUAUUCUCAGCGACAUGAAAGACGGUAUGUAUGCUUCCAUCCAUCCAUCCAUGCAUCUGUGUGUGUGCAUGUGUGUGUGUGGUGUGCGUUGGCUCGGCUCUUCAUUGACUGCAUUGCAGGGUGCGGGACGCAUGGCAGUGUCCAGAACGCCAUCAUCAUCACACCGCAACUCAAGGUAGGUGACUGACACCUGCAAUCAAUAUGCCAGCACAACACACACGAGAAGGAUGCACUCACUGCACCGGUCCCCAUCCCAUCUGUGUGUCUGUCUGUGUGUGCGCGUGUCAGCAACGUGUGGGUGCGCUGGCUGCGCCCUUUUCGGCCGGCGACGUUUUGCUUCAGAUGAGUUCACCCGAAGAGGCACUCAACACACUUGCAAGUGAGAAUGAAUAUGGUAUUUCAUAUGGACACGCAAACAUCCAACAGCCACGUCGACCAUCUGCCUGUUUGUUUGUUUGGUGUGGGUGGCGGCAGAGAUGAGCGGCCGCAAGUACGACAACCGCGCGAUAGCCAUGAUGCUCUUCGACCCGACCGACUGGGCCAUGCACGUCGAGCCCAUGAUCGCCGCAGCAAAGGCCACAGCCGCAGCCAGCACCAACGGUGCAUCCCCAAGCAACAACGGGGUGCCGCCGCCUCCACCCAUUGCCGCGUGACUGAUUGAUUCAAGGGGCAAUUAGCGAAGCGAGUGACGUGACGCAUGUACUCUCAGGUAGAAGAAUGACAUAGAUGAGCGAUUGAUUGGAGAGCCGAUUGAUUUGGUUGAUCGGCUGGCUGGCCAGGGGGGAGGACUGAUUGUAUGUAGAGUGCACUGCACGUGUGUCAGCGGAGCGUGGCUUAGUUAGUGAUCGAUGUGACGGACUGGCGACAGUGGGUGCAUAUGUGCGUGCACAAGUACGUUGAUGCUUGACUGAAUGGAUGACUCUCAUC